UGGUCGCGGUUUUUGGUGGGCGGGAUUCUCUGCAAGUCUAAACUGGCUAUUUGUUAACACAUCUUUCUAUCAAGUUAAGUAUACCUACCUGACACUUCCUGAUGUCACGACCCAGCUGUUGGCUAUUUUUUUCGGGUCGUAGACUGCACUUACACUUCACUGCCAUGUUUUUUUUUCUGUAUGCAUUGAUAAAUGUGCAUAACGAGGAAAUGGCACGUCACCAUGAGAAAUAAUGCGCCGUUGGAUAUAAUCUACUGUCGAUUAAUUGACGAACACAUUUAGCUAAUCCUGCACACAGGUAGCUUCAUUCGGAAUACGUUUUGAUUUUUGGAUGAGUGCAAGGUUGUGAUAGAAAUACACUCUCGCGGUCGCCUAGGAAGGAUUGAAGCGGCCAGCAAUCAGACGCAACAGCGAGGGACUGGCUGUUCUCGCAUUUGGGGAGGAGCUCUUCUGGGACAUUGCCUCUGGGCCCGGCGGGCUAUGGCGCGACCGCCGAUACCGCUGUGAAUGGGUCAGCUGCACACGACCACAGAGAAGGCCAAUAUGGGGAUGGAUGAGAGGUCAUGUGUGUCCUUCAGCUGAGGCCCGCGGUGUGCCCUCCCCGCUUACCUGGCCGCCGGCAUGUACAGGAGGAAUGGACUAAUGGCCAGCGUAACGGUCACCUCCGCCACUCCAGAGGGCAGCAGCAGCUCGGAGUCCCUGGAUGGGCGGAGUGUGGACUAUGCCAAAAGCUACGAUGCUGUUGUGUUUGACGUGCUGAAAGUGACACCAGAGGAAUUUGCUAGCCAGAUUACCCUCAUGGAUGUCCCAGUAUUCAAAGCGAUACAGCCAGAGGAGCUGGCCAGCUGCGGGUGGAGCAAGAAGGAGAAGCACAGCCUGGCGCCCAACGUGGUGGCGUUCACCCGGAGGUUCAACCAGGUCAGCUUCUGGGUGGUGAGGGAGAUACUGACAGCGCAAACCCUGAAGAUCCGGGCAGAAAUACUGAGCCACUUCGUUAAAAUCGCCAAGAAACUUCUUGAGCUGAACAACCUCCAUUCGCUGGUGUCCGUUGUCUCUGCUCUACAGAGCGCCCCCAUCUUCAGACUCAGCAAGACCUGGGCGUUGAUAAGCCGGAAGGACAAGGCCACAUUUGACAAGCUGGACUACCUGACAUCCAAGGAAGAGAACUAUACGCGCAUGAGGGAGUACAUCCGGUCACUGAAGAUGGUCCCCUGCAUCCCCUACUUAGGGAUCUACCUGUUUGACAUGAUCUACAUCGACUCGGCCUACCCGGCCUCCGACAGCAUCAUCGAGACGGAGCAGAGGACCAAUCAGAUGAAUAACCUCCUCCGGGUCAUCUCCGACCUUCAAGUGUCCUGUAACCACGAUCACCUGCUGACGUUGCCACAUGUGCAGAAGUACUUGAUGUCGGUGCGCUACAUCGAGGAGCUUCAAAAGUUCGUGGAGGACGACAACUACAAGUUGUCUCUGAAGAUUGAGCCAGGGAACAGCUCCCCACGCCUGGUUUCCUCCAAGGAAGAUCUCGCAGGCCCCUCAGAGGUGGCUGCCUCGGUGAGGUACAACCGUCGGCCCACCUGCCCCGACACCUCCGUGGGGGCCCACCUGCCCACCCCGCCCCCAUCCCGCCACAGGAAGAGCCACAGCCUGGGCAACAACAUGAUGUGCCAGUUCAGCGUUGUGGAGAGCAAGAGUGCCACCUUCCCCACAGAGAAACCACGCCACCUGCUGGACGACAGCUUCCUGGAGUCCCACAGCCCCGCACGGAACCACACGCUUAACUCUGCACACAUCCUCACCAAUGGCCUUUCCCGAGGUAGCAGCGAGAGUUCAUUCAGCGAGGAGCUGUCAUCUGGGGUAGAAAGGGGCCGCAUGUAUGCCACACUGGGCCCCAACUGGAGGCUUCCGGCCGGCAAUUCGCCCCGCAGCCGGAGCUAUAUGUACAGCCCGUCAGGUGCAAACUCCAGCUACGAGUGCAGUGCUUUGGCAAGCAUCACCAUGGAGGGCCCCCUGCGGAGGAAGACCUUGAUGAAGGAGGGCAGGAAACCGACGCUGUCUUCCUGGACACGUUACUGGAUUGCCCUCUCUGGGUCCACCCUCGUCUAUUUUGGAGCCAAAGCCCUCAGAGCCUCUGAGAGGAAACAUUACAAAUCCACGCCCUGUAAAAAGAUCACCAUCACGGGAUGGAUGGUGGUGCUUCCCGAUGACCCGGAGCACCCCAAUAUCUUCCAGCUGAAUGACCCUGACAAAGGUAAUGUUUACAAGUUUCAGACUGGAUCCAGAUUUUCUGCAAUAAUAUGGCACAAGCACCUAGAGGACGCCUGUCGGAGCAGUAGGCCCCAGAUACCAGCCAACCUUAUGUCGUUUGAGUAGACUCCGCCUGACAAUUGCCUUGCAGAGUAAAGUGCCAACCCCAUCCGGAUGAGAGAGCCAGAAUCAAACAUGUGGAAAGACAGGGGGUUCGAGCAGAGAACAUUGAAAGCACUUUUUGCGCCGCGCCAUUGCUGUAGGUAGAGUGGUUGCUUGCCCUCUCCCACCCACUGACCCACAACCCCCCCCCCCCCCCCCAAACGGUGUGCCCAAGCCAAGAUUCGUUUGGAAACUAGAAGAGCUAACAGACUCAUCUGGAGGGGGGGAGGCAACAAAUGUAGCGGUUAGCUUCUUGUUUUUUUUUUUUAAUCACAGGAAAACAAACUUGCGAAGGUUGCCGUUUGAAGGAAACGGGUGAAGAGAUGUAGCAACCUCCGCAUGGAGACUCCUGCCGGGCUGACAUCAGUCAUUUAUUUUGUGUGUUUUUUUUUUUGUUUUUUUUUGUCACACCGCUUCAUGUAAGUGGGGGAAAAAUAGAUGUUAGCCCAUGUUGGGUUUUUAAAUGAAAGGAAACGAAAAAAGAAGAAAUGCACAGAGGGGAAAAAAAACAGACUACUGACAGUGUUAAAAUGGAUUAUUAGGGAUUGUAGAGGGAAGCAGCAACUCUUCAUGUCCCAGGACUCCCGCCUUACCCAGAAGGGUGGCGUACUGCGGGAGGUUCACUGUCUGGCCCUACCACUCGACUCGCCUGCUCGGAAUGCAGAAAUCCAAUGCAUUUUGGCACCCUAAGAAUUAACCUUGACCCCAGAUGAGUUAAAUAUGUGUAUGUAAUACAAUACAUAUUGAUAAUGCAAAAAAAAAAAAAGCAUUGAUUGCUUAGAUUGUUUGCUUUGCUGGAGAGGUAACAGAAACUUCUUGAGAAGACAUCAUUUUAUCAUGUUAACAUCCGCCCACAUGACUGUACUAAUAUAAUGCUAUACACGCAACUCAUCUUAUUUGCUGUGGGCUGGUGAAUUGGCGAAGGGUGUGGUUGAUAUUUUUCCAGCCGCAGUGCACACUGUGAAUCAACCUUAUGGACCUUUCAGUGUACAUUAAUACAGUAUUAUUAGACAAUAAAAACGUUUGAGCCAUAUUGUCAACAAACCUUUCAAUUAAAUCUUUAAUUGCAAAUAGUGCACCCUGGGAGUGUGUUAUUGCAAACAAUAUUUUGGGAAUGAAUUCUCCACCAAGAGGAACAUGCUGCUCACUGAACUGCAGAAUAAGUCCUUAACUGUGCCUCAGGAGACAUGGUUAAUAUCGUUACAAAGUUAUGUUGUCGUCAUUUUUUAGGUUUGUUCUACUGAGCCAGACGAUUUUUUUUAAAUUGGGCUGUUUCAACAAUGAUAUAUAUGUGCUGUAGUAAUUGUAUUCAUUUAAAGAACUGUAAAUAAACCUGUUUCCUGUUUUUUUGUUUUCCCCCUUCAGGUUUACUGCACUGUAGUAGGAAGCACAUCUGCACUUGUAUGUGACAGAAAAUAAUCCAGACUCCCCCCACCCCACCCCACUUUGCCAAUUUUGUUGUGCAUUUCAUUCUAAUGGUAGAAACCUAGUUCUAUAUAUUGAAAACCGAUAUAAACACACAUACAUGCGGUCUGUAUUUGGACAGUCACAGAAUGUUUGAAUGUUUUAGCUCUGUACUCCACAUUGAAUUUGAAAUGGAAUUGUGAAUAUGACAUGAUAUGAGGUCAGACUGUCAGGUUUAAUUUGAGUGUAUUUAGAUUCAUAUCUGUUGAUCGGUGUAGGAAAUACAGGCAUUUUUAUAUAUCCCCCCCCCCCGCCCACCAUUUUGGGGGACCAAAAGUAAUUGGAAAAAUUAACAUUAUCUUAAAUAAAGUAAUCAUAUUUAGUACUUGGUUGCAAAUCCAUUGCAUUUGAUGAGUGCCAAAAGGCUGCAACCAAUAGACACCACCAAAUGCUGGGCAUCUUCCCUUGUGAUGCUCUUUCAGGCCUGUACUUUUCGCCUUCAGCUUUGUCUUCAGCCAGUGAAAUGCAUUUUCAGCUGGAUUCAGGCCACUUUUAGGUCCGGAAACACUUGAAUGCUUUAGUUUUUACAUUGCCAUGACAUCAUUCAAAUGAAAAUGCAAAAGCCCGCUUUAUCUGACGAUUUGAAAAUUUAAAUGCAAAGUCCAUUUCUUGCCCUCUACAACACAACCCUAUCAUAAUUUAAAUGAAAAUGGCAAAACCACAUUAGAAAUGGCAGUUUCUUAUUGUAACUGCAUUAUCCAUGAAAAAGAUUAAAUGAUAAUUCAGUUGGCCAUUAGUCAUUUCAUUUUUCAUGAUUUAGUGGCACGAGUGUGACAUAAAUCAAUUCCACUGCCAUUGCUUCCGUUUGCAUUAUAAAUGUUGUGUGGUCAUGCAAAAACCCUGCCAAAAUUCAAAUUGGAAACGUAAUCCAUCUUUUGCAUUUUAAUUUUCAAAGUCAAAAGACCUGCUAGUCAAAGGACAGGGGCUUUACCGGCACGGUUCAAAUCAAACCAAGUAGUCUCCCUUACACACACAAUGGUGUCUAGAUUUGAAAAAUUCUAGUGCCUGGAUUAUUACUACAGGCAAGAUCACCAAGGUUGCUGAGCUUGUGAGGUGUGGAGCAGCACUGACCAAGCAAGGAAUGUCUAAAUGAUACUGUAGCAGUGGAUGGACAUAAACUUACACAUGGGACUAAAACCAAGGUGGAUUAUAAAUACUGCUUCCCAUCAAAGAUGCCACUCAACAUUAAUAAUAAAACUGUCUUACAGUUAAUGAGUAGGAACUUUUACAUAAACGUAAAUUACGCUGCUUUACUUCAAAAUGAUGUUCAAACUGCUUGCGUUAAGGUUAUAUUUAAGUUAAGUUAAAUUAAAUAUUUUUUACUAAAGUAUGACUGUCCAGGUUAUUUUCUUUUAGCCUAAAUGUACUUCAAGUGACCACUGUCAGUUGCAGUUAGCUAAUUUAGCGUAAUUUAGCAAUCUUUGCAGCCGGGAUGUACAGUGGCAGCCAUUACACCGGACUGGACUGUAACACCCAUUUCUUUCAAGCCCCUGCCUACACAGUUUGAUUGACAGGUCUUUUGACAUUUUCAGUUUGAAUUUUGGCAGGGUUUUCGCAUGACCACAUGAAAAUGAUAAUGAAAAUAGAAGCAAUGCCUUUGGACUUGAUUUAUGUCACACUUGUGCCACAAAAACAUGAAAAUGAAAUGAUAAAUGGCUAAUUGAAUCAUUUCAUUUUUGUCAUGGAUAACGCGGUUACAAGAAACUGCUAUUUCAAAUGUGGUUUUUCAUUUUCAUAAAUCAUGACAGAGUUGUGUCAUUGAGGGAAAGAAAAAUUGAUUGUGAAAUGGACUUUGCAUUAAAAUGUUCAAAUUGUCA